UUUCUUUAGGAUAUGCUCUUGUAAUUUUAUCCUUUGUAAUCUUUUGUUUGUAGAAAGAAAUGCUUGAACGUGGAAUAAACCAUUUGCAAUCACAAGUUGAUUGCAACGGAAAUUUAAGAGUCAUCGAACCGUGUUUGUCCGAAGAUUUAAAGAAUUUUCAAAAUAAACUUGAGCGGCUCAAAGAAUUAUUACCAGCAAACAUUGAAAGCAUGGAUCUGCAAGAUAAGGAUCGAUCAAACAUGGAAAAAUCUCUUAAGAAAAAACUUAUUUCGAGUGCUAACGUGAUCUGUACCACGCUAGCCAAUUGCCACGCUCUUAGUGAUAUUAGUUCGUCCUUAAAAUUCGACAUUUGUAUCAUAGAUGAAGCAACGAUGUGUACGGAAAUUUCCUGUUUAACAGUGCUCCAGUACAGAGUAAGAAAAUUGAUCCUAGUGGGAGAUUUAGAACAAUUUCCUGCUAAAGUUUGUGGAGAGGAAAGCGCCAAUGCGGGUUUGAACGAAUCGCUCUUUCUAAGGAUACGAAACUCUUUCUUAGAAACUCACCUGGAGGGCAUGAAAAUGCUAACCAAACAAUAUCGCAUGCAUCCUGAAAUUCUCAAGUGGCCGAAUGAUUUUUUCUAUAAUGGGAUUCUCACCACCGAUCCGAAGACUACCAAUUUCGACGAAUUUCCGUUUGAACCAUACACCGUGUGCAGUUUGGAGUAUGAGAAAAAUUCCUCCCCAAUUGAGUUGAAAAUUACCGAUAGGGCCGAAUUUCGAUUUGCUCUUAUGCUGGUGUGUGAAUUAAGUCAGUACUGCGAGCAACACACGACGAUUGUCCUGAUAGCACCACAAGGCUGGCAACAAUAUUGUAAAAAAUAUCUCCAUAACAAACACAUAACGCAGGUGCUUGUCAAGACUGUCGAUUCAGCGCAAGGUCAAGAGUUUGACGUCGUCGUUCUACCUCUGCCAUGUACUGGAGGGGCUGGUUUCCUCGAUACAUUGAAUCGCAUAAAUAUUGCACUGACCAGAGCGAAGAAAUGUCUGAUAAUGUGUGGAACUUUAACAAAUUUAAUGGAAAACGCCAUUUGGAAAUUGCUGUUCCGGGAUGCUAAGCUUCGUAAUAGGAUAUAUGACAUUAAAGAAAGUGAUUUGGAAAACGAAGAAGUCUUCACUAGAAAAGUAAUCAAUCGACUGAGGAAAACGAUUCGAUUUUUCUCUAGGCAAAAUGGAGAAGAUUUAAAUUUUGGAUUUUGAUACAGGGUCUCAAAAAAGAAAAUGAUUUCAUUGAAACAAGAGACGAUAAUGUAUCU